CGCGCUUUUGAUCCCCGCCCCUCAGUAAUAAUUUGAACGCGGCCACGGAGGACAUAAAAGCUCUAGCGUGUCCGUGUUGUGGUCAAACGAGCGCAGCGAUCAAGAGGUGUCAUACGAUUUUCUGACACCCCUCUUCGUGGCCUUGACCUAAUCACCAUGCAUUUCUCGAAGUCCCUGUUCGCUGCCCUCUCAGUCUCUUCCGUUUGCGCCGGAAUUGUGUUCGAUGGGGAGCCAAAUGUCAAUAGCAGUGCGGUGCAGCGGCAUCUACAGGACCGCGCUGCAUUGAUCACAUUGGAGAAGCGCCAACGACAAGACUAUGCUUUCCGCCAGAAUCUCUCUGCGGUGGCUCAACAGGCGGACGCGAUUGUCAAUGCCAUACGCCAAUAUGAGAUCGACAGCUUUUGGAGGGUGCCAGGAACGAUUGAGGAUGAGGACAAGGAACGAUAUGCGGGCGAGAUGUUUCCGAAGGCGAAACCGCUGAUCUCGGAGACCAGACUGUGGUCCAUCGUGAAGAAGAUGCCGAAGGGUGCGCUGUUACAUGCCCAUCUGGUUUCGAUGCUCCCAUAUGAGACUCUACUCGACGCUGUCAUGAACACAGAGGGGAUGGUUGUGUCUGUGUCGCAACCUGUCACGAGCGAGCUCGAACAGAAGAACGCGACCAUCACCUUCGCACACGUUAACCACACCAUUGCAGCGUCGGGACCGGCCAUCGACAGCACGGACUACGUACCAAACACGCAACUGCCAGUCAAUUAUGCCGCGCAGUCUUUUACCGGAGGAAGUCAGGCUUUUGCAGAGUUUGUGAUGUCCAAACUUCAGCUCCAACCUGAAGAAUCAAUCCGCCAUGACCUUGGAGUCGACGAGAUCUGGAGGAUCUUCCAAGCUUGUUUUGACCCGGCCGACAGCAUGAUGACGUACGAGCCCGUGCUGCGGACUUUCUACCAGAAGCUAUUUGGAGCCCUGGCUGAUGACGGCAUCCACUGGGUGGAGAUCCGUGCGUCAGCAGCUAAAGGAGUUCUCGUGCACAAGGGCGACGAAGACGCAGACCCUAAUCUCGAUGUAUACUGGCAGGUCCUGGUAGAGGAGCUGGAUAGCUUCAAAAAGAGCGACAAAGGGAAGCACUUCUGGGGUGCUCGUGUGAUUUGGUCGGACAUCAGAAGCGAGGAUCGGGCCUCGCUCACCAGCAGCAUGAAGGUUGCUCUGGGGAGGAAACAACGGUUUCCUACGCUAAUCAGUGGCUACGACCUGGUCGGUCAAGAGGAUCUGGGUCGACCCCUGGCGGAUGUGGCACCCGAAUUGAUCUGGUUUCGUGAACAGGCGGAGCGCUUGAACCUCACGAUCCCAUUCUUUUUCCACGCUGGAGAGACGCUAGGAGAUGGCAACUCCACCGACUACAAUCUGGUGGACGCCAUUUUAUUCAAUACUCGACGAAUCGGCCAUGGGUUCAGCCUGUACAAGCAUCCUCAGUUGAUUGACGAAGUCAUCACCAAGUCGAUUAUGGUUGAAGUUUGUCCCAUUUCGAACGAAGUUCUCCGCCUUGCCACCGAUGUUCUGCACCACCCGCUGCCCGCCAUGGUCGCUCACGGUAUUGCUACUGCCAUUAGUAACGAUGAUCCUGCGAUCCUUGGUCAGGAUGCCGCCGGACUGAGCUAUGACUUCUAUCAGACCAUACAGGGGUUUGACAACAUUGGACUUGCUGGAUUGGGAGCCCUUGCUCAGAACAGUGUUCGGUGGGCCAAUUUCGAGGACCAGUCGGACGGGGACUGGGUCAGAGACAUUGAUCUCGGAGAACAUGGCACAGGCGUCAAGGCACAAUACAUGCAAGUCUGGAACCAGCAGUGGGAGGACUUCUGUCAGUGGAUUGUCAACGAGUAUGGCAACGAAUGGCAGAACGCGACGACAGGAAUGGCCAUGAUUUGAGAUGAUAGAUUAGCGAUCGAUGUAUCAUACCCCUUGCGCGGCAGGUGGACAGGUCCGAAAAGAUAUGACUACCUGUCGCAUUGUUGCUAUUUCACUAGAACCAGUUCUGCAAUUGGAAACCUGAG